AUUGUUGUAUUUCACUUAGCUUGGCCGCUCGAAUUUGUAAUCAAAUAGACACUAUUCGUUGCCUUCUUGUGAUCCAACACUGAGCCGUGUUUCGGAAACUGUCAUGAAAUUGAUGAAUUUCAAGACGCGUUGAAAAACUAGGAUGCGGAAGGGCGGAAAACGGAUACAAAAGGAUGUCAGGCAUACCAAACCAGUGUGCCGGAGCAGGAGAAUGUGUGCGAAUAAGAUUGCUCAAAAAAUGGAUUGUGGCCAACCUCGACCGAAUGGAAAAAAUCGCAUAUCUCAAGUUACAGCGUAACUCGAAUGCAUCAGCGCGUAUGCCGGGAGCUGACUGUAGAACUAUUCGUUGUCAAUUUUUGCCAGAACCGCAAAGACCACCGCCUAACGUACGUCAAAUCAUCCACAAUAACAACACAAACGGGGGAAAACGCGCAUCAACAAAGCUUGAUACUGGCAAACAUGGAAAUUAUUUGCAUUUUUCCCAAGUGUGUACCCCGAAUUCCCGACUUUGUGGUGUUUCCGUUCACCCGCACGCGCCAGUUCGAAAACUGGUGGACUAGCUCCGGCUGGUCGGACGUGAUCCCUUUGGACAGCUUGCCCGAGAAAAUUUUGAUCUGCGAGGAACACUUUGAACCGGAACUCAUCAAUAGACGCCAUAGGGUACCGAAGCUUGCGCUGGGAGCUCUGCCUACGCGCAACGUAGAAUGUGUGUUCAAAAGACAUGGCCCGUUGAAACCAACGGCACCGGAUCUAGUGUACUGCCGGCUGUGCGGACAGAAGCAAACCUGCAAGCUUGACGAUGAUCGCGAUCUGCUGUCUGAUCUGGACGAAAUAUUCCACUAUCAGCUACAUCUGUCCGACUUUACCACCCUGCCGACUGGUGUCUGUGGCCAUUGUAAAAAUCUGGGUAAAACGAUGCAAACGUUUUGGAAGAAAUGUUCCGAUGCACAGGAAAGCCUCAAAACGAUAUUUAACAACGAAAAAACGAGACUUGCGUACGAGCCCCCGAAGGAUGCAAGUAUUGCGCCACGAGAUAAAGAGCAAGAGUCUAGCAGCGUAAACGCGACCCAGAAAGAAAGCAUAUUCGUUCAUAGAGAACAUUUUCCAGCCGAAUGUGAAGAGAUUGUGAUCGACACAACGAAGUCGGAGAUCAUCGAGGAGCAACAUUUCGCCAACGAGUACGAGUUUGAAUCGUACGGUGAAGAACCGCCUGCCAGCAGCACAGCGGACGAAUGUGACGAGGAGAUAGAGCUGCGCGAAUCUGAAAAGCAACUUCUGUCGGAAAAUUACGCGAUUGACUAUGGGGAUGAUUUUUCCUCGCAAGAGCUGCCGGCAAACUUUUCAUCCUCGGACAAGGAGGAGCACAACGAUGCUGGCAAACGCGUGGAGGAACCAACGCACAUUUGCGAAAUCUGUGGAAAUUCAUACAAGACGCUUAAUCGGUUGAAAGCGCACCUUAAUCUGCACAGCGACGCGCGUAACCAUCAGUGCACCGUCUGUGGCCACAAGUUUAAGACGCGCCGAGGCCUGACGGAGCAUGUGGAGUCGAAGCACGAACGCAAAUCGUUUCCCUGCAAAAUAUGUGGCGUACAGUAUAGCUGGAAGAAGGGACUGGAAAGGCACAUGAGCACCACCCACAAGGGGAAGCCGAUGAAACAUGUUUGCAAAAUUUGUGACAAAGCGUUCCCCGUGCCGCACAAGCUGAAGCAACACAUGAUGUUGCACACAGGCGAUCGGAUCCAUUGUGAAUAUUGCGGCAAAGGCUACAGAUUCAACUAUAUGCUGACGCAGCACAAAAUACGUGUGCAUGAAAUUGAGAUCGAGGGCGUUAAGCUUUACAAAUCGAAAAAGCUGGGAGAUCGUAAGAAAGCGCCCAUCAUAGAUGGUGAUUCCUUAAACCACACACAAGAAAGCACUUCUUGUUGAUGUCGAUAAGUGAUCGGUACGUAAUUUAAGUAACGAGGUAACCAGUCACCAAGCCAUCAUGAUAGGGAAAAUCCUACCGACAUUUUUUCUCACAUGGAUCGCUUACAGAGGAUAAACAAAUCUCGUAAUUUAUCGCAUCCUUGCGGGCUCGUGCACAUCGCAAAGGAUUCGUAGCGCUCGUCGUUUAUUUUUUAAAUCGUGUAAUGGUAAAAGUCUUCACUCUGCACACAUCCCCAUGCUGGAAGAUGAGAAUGAAAUUUUACAUAUAUUAUAUUUGAAUUACAUCCAUAUCGUGAUCGUUUUUUAAUGUUCAAGAAUAAGUUUCAAAAUGUGGUGAAGAUUAAACCUUGACCAGCUUCAAAUGGCCAACGCAAAUAAAAUAAUAUUAUACUUCCUUCGAUCAAAGAAAAGUCUAUAAACAACAUUACAAUCGAACCGGUUGCCGAUUGCUGCCACAGCAGAUAGUUGAGAACUUAGCAAAGAUUAACUUUUGCAUAAUUUCAACCUCUUGCUGGGCCUUGAUGAUUAUCGCUUUCUGCUCUGUAUGGAAUAAAAAUAUUCAAAUCGAGCCCCUGCACUUUGUCGGCCCUAGUUGCUCCAUAUUAUUUAAAUUUUCAAGUUAAACGAUGCAAAAGAUGACGGAUAAUUGAGUAGAACGCUAGGACACAGAAUAAUCACAGAAAAUGUAUAGAAGGGAAGUAUAAACGAUCCACAAUAAAAUGCUUCAUUUGGCCACAGCAAGUCUGCUCAAAAAUUGCUCUUCCACUAAGCUUGCUAUCCCUCCAGGAAGGCAGCUCACACGUGCUACACUCAAUGGUUCGUGCACGCUGUUACCACCACGGUGCGCAUGCGCAUGGCUUUUGAUGGAUCCGAUGGAGGCAUAUAAACAUGGCAAAAGCAUUGUACCAACACUUGCGAAGCAUCGAAAAGCUUUGGUAAAUUGUCAAUACGCAUUGUGAGAAAAGUGACUGGUUAUUAUACAAUUCCCACCAGUGUGCAGUGUUAGGAAGGGAGUAACGCACUGAAUCUGAAUGCAGCACAACUGCAACUGUUAGAGGAAGUAACUGUCUUCGGAUUCGUGGUGCGUGCAAGUGAAACAUUUUGGUUGAUUGAUUACAUAUGGUGAGGAAUGCAAUGCAGCUGAAAGCUUGCCCACAAAAUACGUCAUUCUAGUGCGCCCACACACAGAAGCGACAGUUUCAGCAGCAUUCGUCAUCAGGACGAAAGCGAAACGAAAUGAUUGCAGUGUAUUGAGGACCAGCUUUUGAUUAAACGUUGAGAGGACCUUUACGCUCGGAGCAAUUAGUUGGUCGCUGCUGUGAGCAAUACAAGGGCGAAACAAUUUAAACAUGUCCACCGUGGGCAUACGAAUCGAUGAGGCUGUUGCGGUUGAGGACCAGGGUGAGCAGAGAUGCGUCGGAAAGGAAACGGAUGAGGAAGUGUGUGACGAUGGCAACGUGGAGGUUGACAUGAAGUUCGGUUUGUUUGUGGAAGGUGAUCGGUCCAUGCCGCGGAAUUCGUCAGAAGACGAGUUUGAUUUCGAUUCUGCCUUUAGCUCUGAGUCUAAUCAGGCCCUCACCGAUGAAAGUACCACCAUCGAGCGCCAGCACCACCACCACGGCGACGACGACGAACGGACCGUACCAGAUGGAGGAGAAACGGUGGAGCGUGAACGGCUGAAGUCUCUCGAGGACGAGCAUGAGAUUCUAUCGUCGAACCUGAUUGCCCUCACGUCGCACUUUGCCCAGGUGCAGCUGCGACUGCGGCAGAUCGUGGAGGCGCCUCCCCAGGAAAGGGACACGCUGUUGAAAAAUCUGGAAGAGUUCGCAUUUCUCGGCAUACCGGAGAUACAGCAAAACCCGGUAAAACAAAACAUUCCCGAAAUUGUGGCCAACCUCGACCGAAGCCCCGAGUCGGUGGAAAACCUGCGCGAAAAGCAACAGGAGCUUAUCGAGCAGCUGAAAUCGCAGCUGAUGGAUCUGGAGCGGUACGCGUACGAAUCCGGCACGCCCGGCAUUCUGCCGCAAACGAUACUGCUCGAAAAGCAGAAGGUGAUUAUCGAGGAGAUCAAGAAAAAGAUCAACCUCAACCUGAACGAGCUUGACCUGCCCCAGCUCACCUCGGAAGACCUUCGGCAGCAGGUGGACAGUGCACUCGACGAGCUGGUGAACCCGCUCAAGAUGAAGGAACAGUUGGUGACACAGCUCAAGACACAGAUCCAGGACCUGGAACGGUUCAUUGGGUUCCUGCAGACGAACGAGAAGGCGGAAAUUAAAAAGCGUUUCCUGGAGCAACAGCAGCAGCAGCAGCAGCAACAACAGCAAGCCCACAGGCAGCAUGGUACAGAGGCCUCGGCCAAGGAACUCGGGUCCGAUCGUCAUUCGCUUUCGAAGCCUGUCGUAUCCAGUCACUGUUCCUCGAACAUUGGGUGCAAUAAUGGUAACCAAACGGCAGCCGCAGCAAAGCGGGAAUCGUUCAACAGCAAAGCCUUCGGUCUAAUGGAUAAGGCCGGAACAUUGCUGCAGAUGUUUGCGUUGUCUCAGUUCAACUGUGGCAGCGAGCAUCGGACCAGUGAGGCAAACUACCAAUCGAAAAUGAUGGCUCGAACGCGACAAAACUGUUGGGGCGACAUUCGGGCCAGGCUGGAGUACGACGUGCAAGAGAUAGCAUCGUUGGUGCUAACAUUGCAGAACGAAAUAGCAUCCAAGGAGUCGGACCAUAACGAGGAGGACGAGGACGAUUCGGCCGGACGUCCUGGUCGGGGCGGCAAUAGGAAGAAUUACGAGCUUACGCUGCUGGUCCGCAAACGUUUGGCAAAAACCAUCCAACGGUUGAUGCAGCAUGGUUUGCAGGGAAUUUCCGAAAACGCAAGCCACAGCUUGGUUCCAUUCAUAUCGGGAUGCUUCUCUGCAUCGACGGGCGGCAGCAAUCAUUCCAGCAUGAGCGCACGAUCAAACGACGGCGGCUUUUAUCGGUCGGAUGUCCGGCGAAAGAGUACGGGUGGGGCGACAACUACUGCACCGACCAAGAAACAGCCGCAUGCGGAGCACACGGCAAAUGCGACAGUGGAAGACAAUCUGUUUUCCCAGCUAGAUGACGAGGACGAUGACGAGCUGGAAGCUCAGCAGUACGAGAGCAAUAGUGAGGACGCAAUGCAUGCCUGGGAGCUGCUGCUGGUGUACUACAACAUCAAAAAUGGCGAUCGUUACAACUCGACACCGGCGAGAAAGCUAUCAGAAAGUUUCAACCUGGACAUAGUGGACGGUCGACCGUUAUCGAACAAACAGAGUCUUCUCAGUGCUAUAGGUUCGAUCGUAGCUUUGCACAGUCCCUACAAGCGGAGCUACGAUUCCCAGUUUAAGGCAUUCAUAUGUGCUGGACUAAACGCCCAGAAGUUAACACAAUGGCUGUACCUUAUUUUCCAGUGCAAGGAGCUGGUCAGCUCGCAUUACACCAGCUGGAGCUACGUAGCCAACACUGGCUUUCGUGAUGGCUUAAAGACGCUCGACCGUUUAUCGCAGUACCGGUUCGAUCUUCCAGUUGACCUAUCGAUUCGUCAGUUCAAAAAUAUCAAAGACGUUUUUAUGUAGUCAUACCAUUAGCACCAGCAACAGCAGGGUCACGUGGCAAUGGGUUCUUGCUGGGUUGGGCACGCCGCUACCAGCUAUUUGGUUACUAAAUAAGUGAGUUUGUUUUACCUACUUUCCAACGCGAUAAAGUUGACGGUUCCAUUGGACUGAAUCGCUCCUCAACAGAAGACAUUUGCACUAUCAAGUUCGUUUAACACUUGUUAUGUAUAACGAUAAAGAAAUUUAUCUUCGGUAUAACGGAGAAAAUUGUAACAUACCUAUCCAACCAUAGCAACGGGGUCCACGGCUCGGCAUGUGCGGAAUAGAAGCAAUCCAGCAAAAGAUGGCUGAAAGGGGAGGAAAGUUGUUAGAAAAUAUCAUUAAAACGGACCUUAACAAAAUAAACCUAACCUCUUUAUUGAGUUUCGUGCAUAAUACGCAUA